UGGCUCUGCCAUGCCAGUCCCCACGCGAGACACGCUGACCUGCGUUAGUCCUCUGAACGUCGUUGAGCAGCGUAACAAAUGUCGCCUCAUUCUCGACCUUCGUAAAGUCAACGCCCACCUCGAAAUUCCAAAGUUCAAGUAUGAAGGCUUGAACCGGGUAGCCGAACUCAUCCGUCCCGGCGACUGGAUGUUCUCCAUCGACCUGAAGUCCGGCUAUCACCAUGUCGAGAUGCACCCCUCCUCCUGGAAGUACUUGGGCUUCCAAUUUGAGGGCGCGUACUACUCCUUCCGCUCGCUGCCGUUUGGUCUCGCCACCGCCCCGUUCGUUUUCACCCAGCUAAUCAAACAGUUGGCAAAGCGGUGGAGGGCCAGCGGCCUACGCGUCGUCCCGUACGUUGACGACCUCCUAUUCCUUUGCAACUCUCAUACACACGCGCGCUCAGCAUGUGCCACAGUUACCCAAGACCUAAAGGCGGCUGGUUUUGUUAUCAACGAGAAAAAAUCGCAUCUCCACCCCACGCGCCUGAUCCACUUCCUCGGCCUGGAGCACUAGAAGGGAGCUCGAAGGCGUCCUUU